GCUAACAAGUUCGUGUACUGUGACACAUACAUUAUUGUACUUGGUUAUUUAAUACUUUUUGUUAAAUAAUUUAAAGUGUCAAUUCCACAGCGAUUCCUAUUUUGUGUUUGUAAUUUUUGGGAUUGUCCUGUCUUACGUAAGCUUUGCAAUACAAGGUUCAUAAGGUGCCAGUUAAAGUCAUGGGUCGACGAAGCUACGUUGGUGCCCUCUUGGCUCUAUCCUUGAUAGCCAAUGCGUUCAGUUUUCCAACAAGUGAAUUAAGAAUAAAAAGACAAUCGCCAGAUUCUACCGAUUUAACAAAUACCGAUUCAGUUGUUAAAGAUAACAAUGAUAUCGAUGAUGAUGAUGAUGACGACUUCCCCACAUACCCCCAGAACGACUCGUCGGGCGGCGGCAGCAACUUGUUCAGCUUGCUCAACUUAGUGACUGCUUUCCUUCCAGGAUCCAGCAGUAGUUCCGGUAAUCAAGAGAAGACACCUGAAGAGGAAGGGCCGUCACCUCUAUGGACUUUGAAACUUGACAUCUUACGAGCUAUAUUUCAAUUCGGAACAUCUAUCCUCGGACUUGCCUCAUCAUCAUCCUCAUCGUCUGUAUUAUCUGCUUCAUCCGGUUAAUUUUAAAGUGCCAUAAUAAUGAAUAAAGAAAUGGAAUAUGGUU